UAUAACUUCCUGUUAAGACGCCCUUACUGCGUUGCUGAAGGUGAGAGUUCCUGACAUCGCUCCAUUUGUCAAGCCUGAACACAAGCUUGAGAACGCCGGGCAUAAAACACGCAGGAAACUGUGACGACUGAUUAGAUAAAACAAAAGAAAGAGACUUAUGGUGUCUUAGACGAGGCCUUUUGCACCCCAUUAUGGCAAAGUUCCUUGGACCAACGUCUUUACUUCUGGUCCUUGCAGGAUUAGUGUUAUGUCAGGACUCAUCUAACACUUCUUCCACGCAAACUCCAGUCACACCUCCAGUCAAUCCUCCAGUCACCUCAGCUUCCACUCAAGAUACUGGAGAGGGCACAAACCAAACUGGAUCAGGCAGUGAAACAACAGGCAAACCCCCACACACCUCCACGCAAACAGAAAUAACCACAGCUGGAGCAGCAGCAGACAUUAUUAACACAUCAGGCUCUCCCCCAUGCACAACCAACCUUCAACACGAAUCAACCACAACUUUGUCUAGUACAGAACCCUUAAACCCAAGCAUCUCUGACUCCUCACGCAUUGCCUCCUCCAACACAACCUCACCCUCACUCAUGUCCACCACAACAACAGGUAACAAGACAAUGCUUGACUAUAGAUACAUACACACAUUUGGUACAUGCUAUAUUACAUGUCUGUUGUUAUAUUCAUGUAUUAUACAUGUUCUAGUAAAAGAAAUUAACACAGCAGGCUUGCCCACAAGCAUCCCCACGCAUCAACACACACAUUCAAGCAUAACCACAACAACGGCAGAACCCUUAAACCCAAGCAUCUCUGACUCCUCACGCAUUGCCUCCUCCAACACAACCUCACCCUCACUCAUGUCCACCACAACAACAGGUAACAAGACAAUGCUUGACUAUAGAUACAUACACACAUUUGGUACAUGCUAUAUUACAUGUCUGUUGUUAUAUUCAUGUAUUAUACAUGUUCUAGUAAAAGAAAUUAACACAGCAGGCUUGCCCACAAGCAUCCCCACGCAUCAACACACACAUUCAAGCAUAACCACAACAACGGCAGAACCCUUAAACCCAAGCAUCUCUGACUCCUCACGCAUUGCCUCCUCCAACACAACCUCACCCUCACUCAUGUCCACCACAACAACAGGUAACAAGACAAUGCUUGACUAUAGAUACAUACACACAUUUGGUACAUGCUAUAUUACAUGUCUGUUGUUAUAUUCAUGUAUUAUACAUGUUCUAGUAAAAGAAAUUAACACAGCAGGCUUGCCCACAAGCAUCCCCACGCAUCAACACACACAUUCAAGCAUAACCACGACAGCGGCAGCAACCUUAAACGCAAGCAUCUCUGACUCCUCACGCACUGCCUCCUCCAUCACAGCCUCACCCUCACUCAUGCCCAACACAACAACAGUGACAAAACCAGAGUGCACUUACUCUUUUAAACAUGGAAAAGACGGGGUUGAAGUGGAUAUUAAGAACAAUGCAUCUGCAGUCAAUUACAUUAACUUCACAGAAACAUCAAAAGUAAUCCCUAUAGGACCAUGGCCAGACAAGCUUUUAAUACCAUUUAAAUCAUUAAAGCCUUGCCAAAAUUAUACUGUCACUUUUGAUCCUCCCUGUAAACUGGGAGAUGGAUUUUUUGAAACAAGAGAAUUAGCUGCCUCAGAUGUAACCCCAAAGCUCAACAUAACUGAAACAUAUGGACAAGUAUGUUUUGAGACCAUAUGGGCUUUGGAAUCGUGUAUUGGUAUCAGUAAGAGUAAUUCCUGCACUGUCUAUCAAGUGACUUUUACUGAAGACCUCUGCCAAACACCUAUACCUUUCACACUUCCCCCAGUAAUGCCUGUUAUUAGUUAUGCAAACAAGUUCCCCACGGAAUUACAUUGGGACAAUCGGCCUUCACAGUGCAAAAAAAACCUCACAUACAAAUGCAAUCGUACAGAUAAGCAGAUAGUUACAGAUUUCAGAGAUUUGAAACCUAUUCAUGAAUAUAAUUGCACUGGGGCAUAUGAUUAUGGGAAUGGAACCAUUACAAGCAAACCCUUCAAAGUUAAGAUUCAAUGUGAUCUGAAUAAUGCCACUAUCGUCAAUACAAGUAAUACCAGCAUAAAUGCAUCCUGGAAUUUCACAAGCAAAAACUGCUCACCGAUUACUGCCAACUUCACCUGGGAAGUACACUGCAAUGGAACAGAAAGUUCCAAUAAGCAGCAUACAGAGAAAAAAGGUCAAAACCCCAUUGUAAUUUCUAAAUUGAAACCUUAUACAAACUACAUGUGCAACUUUACAGCAAAGUAUGAAAAACAGCCCUUUCACAAUCAUACAAUUCCUGUACAAACAUUGAGUUCAGAACCCUCUUACACAAAUGAGCCAAAAAUAACACAGAUUAACCAUAAUGCUUUCAAAGUGGAAUGUACGAUCAAGGAAUGGAAUGGGGAGCAUGGAAAUGUCAUUGCAGAGCUCUACAUAAAUGAUCAUCAGGAAGAUAGAAAGACAAGCAAAAAAGGAAAAAAAGAAUGUGAUUUGGAAUUUGGAAACCUCUACUACUCAACGAAAUAUAACGUUAAGGUGUAUGCCGAAAAUGGUAAUGGGAACAAAACAAAGAUCUAUGACAAGUAUCAUUCCACUAAAUACAAUGACAAAGCUGUUCUUGGAUUCCUGAGCUUUCUCAUUAUUCUCACGUCUGUUGCACUCCUGUUUGUCCUGUACAAACUCUACCUUUUAAAGAGGGAAAAGUCAAGCAGGAAUGAGCAAGAACUGGAUGACCUUCUUCCUACAAAUGCACUGCUCCAGGUGGAACCCAUGAGUGCUGAAGCUUUGCUGGAGGCAUACAAGAAGAAGAGGGCUGAUGAGGGACGUCUGUUCAUGGACGAAUUUCAGAGUAUUCCACGUAUUUUCUCCAAUUUCCCAAUCAGAGAGGCCAAAAAAACAGAAAACCAAUCAAAGAAUCGCUAUGUUGACAUUCUUCCCUAUGACCAUAAUCGUGUUCGUCUCUCUUACGGAGGAUCAGACGACUACAUCAAUGCCAGUUUUAUUGAGGGUUACAAGGAAUCCAACAAAUACAUUGCAGCCCAAGGACCCAAGGAAGAGACAGUUGGAGAUUUCUGGACAAUGAUCUGGGAGCAAAAGACUUCGAUUAUUGUCAUGGUAACCCGUUGUGAAGAAGGAAACAAGAACAAAUGUGCUCAGUACUGGCCAUCAAUGGAGAGAGAAACAGAGAUUUUUGAUGAUUUGGUUGUGAAAAUCAAGGGGGAGGAAAACUGCCCGGAUUACAUCAUUCGCCAUCUGACACUGAUGAAUCGGAAAGAGAAGGCAGUGGAACGAGAAGUCACUCACAUCCAGUUCACGAGCUGGCCUGACCACGGUGUCCCCUCUGAUCCUGGCCUGCUCCUUAAACUCCGCCGCAGAGUCAAUUCCUUUAAAAACUUCUUCAGUGGACCUAUUGUCAUUCACUGCAGCGCUGGAGUUGGACGCACAGGGACCUACAUCGGUAUCGAUGCCAUGAUUGAGAGUCUGGAGGCAGAAGGACGUGUGGACAUUUAUGGAUAUGUGGUCAAACUUCGCCGCCAAAGAUGCCUCAUGGUCCAAGUGGAGGCCCAGUAUGUGCUCAUCCACACGGCGCUGAUCGAAUACAGUCAGUUUGGUGAGACAGAAAUUCCACUCUCAAAUUUCCACUCGGAGGUCAACACACUCAGACAGAAAGAGGGAAAUGAGCUCUCUUUGAUGGAGAUGGAGUUUCAGAAACUUCCAAAAUUCAGAAACUACAGGUCGUCGAACACGGCACGCACUGAGGAGAAUAAGAAGAAAAACCGCUCCUCUAUCGUGCCAUAUGACUUCAACAGAGUCCCAAUUAAAGUAAAUGAUGAAGCCAGCCAUGACAGCGAGGCUGAGGAUGAGGAGGAAUAUUCCUCAGAUGAAGAAGAUGAAGUCCCCACCAAAUAUAUCAACGCCUCCUUUGUGGAUGGAUACUGGUGCCCGAGUAGCUUCAUUGCUGCACAGGGACCUCUGCCUGACACAGUUGCCGACUUUCUGCACAUGCUUUACCAGAAGCAGGUUAAAACUGUGUUCAUGCUCUCUGAUUGCACUGAGAAUGACAAGGAGUUCUGCUCCCCGUAUUGGGAUGAUGAGAAGAAAACAUUUGGAGAGAUGGUGGUGGAGGUCAAAGAGACUGAAAACUUCCCUACAUACAUCAGACGGUGCCUAGAAAUACAGCACACAAAGAGGAAAGACAGCCACAUAUUGCAGCAGUACCACUUCCUGAAAUGGGCGGGUCAUGAGCUCCCAGCCAACCCUCUCGACUUGGUUGACAUGAUGAGGAGUGUCAGACAGAACAAUGAUAACUGCAGCCAAAACAAGAAUUUGCCCAUUGUAGUACACUGCAAUGAUGGCUCCUCACGUUCUGGAAUCUUCUGCGCCUUGUGGAAGCUUCUGGACAGUGCAGACGCAGAGAAACUGGUGGACAUCUUCCAGGUGGCCAAGGACCUGCGCAAGGCUCGUCUGGGCAUGAUCAACACCUCUGAGCAGUACGAGUUCCUGUAUGCUGCCCUGGAGGUGGCGUACCCCGUGCAGAACGGCGAGGUGAAGAAGCCCAGUGAAGCCCCUAAUGACUCAGUGCAGGUGAUUAACGAAUCAACAGCACUGAUCGAUCCCAGCACAGACGCUGCCACCACAAAGAGCGCCAGUGAAGACACUGUCUCAGCAUCGCCUGAAGAGGGAGCCACAGAGGCCAGCAGCGAGCCAGAGAAAGGCCUUAGUGAAAGCGCCACUAAUGGUCCCACAGCUACUGUAGAGGUUUAAACUUAAAUCAUAAUUGCAGCUUGCUUUGUAUUUCAUGUUUUUUCUUUAAAACAAACAAAUGUUUUUAUUUAACUGUAAAAAAAUUCAAAUAGAAAUGUUCUCCUUUUCUUGAUGCUGAAUUUUAGAGUUUUGUUGUAUUUAACUACAGUCUUAAUUUAAUUAACAGAAAACAUAAAAAAAAAAACAUUUCUUCAUGCUACUGAUGAACAAUUCUGAAUCUGUGUGAAAUAACAACCCUUAGUUGUUUCAGAGUUUACUUCUGCAGUGGUGUAUUUUAAUGCAAAAUUCUAAGACUUCUGAGAGUGGUUAUAUGCAUUUAGUCCCAGAACUGUCCACAUUCUGUAUUUAAAUCCAACAAACUCUCUUGUUAUGAAUCUGUUUUGAAAUGUAACUUCAGAAUUUGAAUCCUGUCUUUUGUUGUCUUUAGACUGCAUAUGUGAAUGUAAUAUAAAUGGAAACUUUGCUAGUAUUCACUGUAUAUCUAUAUAUAUCUAGAGAUAUUUUGUUAACAAAUCUAAGUUAUGAAAUUGCGAAUGUAUUCAUGGGCAGAGUUAUGUUAUGCAAAGAUUACUUUGCACUACACUUGUGUCUUCAAACUAUCUCAUUGGUAUGAUUCUUACUCAUAGAUUAAUUUCCUAGAAAAUUAUACCUUUGCCAUGUUGUUUUUUAAUUGGAAAAAAAUGAAUAAAGGAUUUAAAUAUGUUGCUAUGUAAUGGAUUUGCACUGCAAAAAAAAAAAAGUUGGAUUUUAAACCAGAUCAGGACCGUUAGCAUGUAGGUGCCUCUUAUGUGGGUUUGUAGGACACUCCAGAUGCA